AUGGCUGCCCCUGCUGAUGUUACCAUCCAGAACCUGAGUGGAAAAUGGGAGAUGGACUCAACUCACUCUAACCCAACAGACCCCCUUCUGUCUUUGCAAGGAAUGGGCUGGGUUAUGCGCAAGGCACUCUCAUACGCAACAGUGACAAUCUACGUCAAGCAGUACGCAGACGCAGAGAACCCCACUCUCAUCCACAUCGACGCACAGCAAGUAAUCACAGGCGGCAUCCAAGGCACCAAGGAAGAGCGCAAGCUCGACUGGGAAGAGCGCGAGCACGUCGACCACAUUUUCGGCAAGCUGAAGGGUCGCUCGCGCUACAUCGCCGGCACCAAGAGCGAGGACGGCGCUGUGCGCCCUGCUAUCGAGAUCCAGACGAAGGCCGGCUCGGCUGAGGCUGAUGCUAAGGUUCUGAAGUUCCUGACUGGAGAGACUCUUAUUGAUGGGUCGAAGAGUGAGGGGUUCCUUGCUGAGGAGGGCGAGGGUGCGUUUUUGCACAGCUGGGUUGUGAAUGAGGAGAAUGGGUGGACUGCUGAGCAGGUUUGGGGAUUUGAGACUGUUGAUGGAGAGAGACGUCAUACUCGUCGCAUUGUUAUUUCUAAGGGUGGGAAGGUUGCUACUGGUAGACUUGUCUAUGCUUUCAAGGAGCGCAAGACUGAGGAGUAA